AUGUCAUCGAAUAGACAAAAAAUUAUUAUAGCUAAGGCACCAGUACUGCCUCAACAGACUACACCAGAGCAACGUUACUGGCGUCAGUAUUCUUCUGCUCAAUUAGUAAAAGAACAUAAUAGUGUUACUCAUGUGUAUUUUAAUCCACAACAUCCUCACGAUUUUGCAGUCACUUCUUCUACAAGAGUCCAAAUUUUUUCUUCAAGAACAAGACAAGUAGUGAAAACAUUUUCCAGAUUUAAAGAUGUCGUUUAUUCUGCCUCUUUUAGAAAUGAUGGUAAAUUGUUAUGUGCUGGUGACGCUACAGGUUUAGUGUCUGUUUAUGAUAGUUACAAUCCAAGAGUGUUAUUACUAUCAAUCAAAGCCUCUACCCAUCCUACUCAUGUAACAAAAUUUCAUACCCAAGAUCCAAAAACUUUAAUAACUGCCAGUGAUGAUAGAGUUACUAGAUUAUGGGAUAUUUCUCAUGCUUAUGAGCCACAAAUUGAACUUACUGGUGCUUCUGAUUAUGUUCGUACUGUCUCAUGUAUUCCAUCAGCUCCACAUUUGAUUUCUACCGGUUCUUACGAUGGUAUAGUAAGAUUAUAUGAUACUAGAGCUAGUGCCUCAAGUCCUAUUUAUUCCUUAAACCACGACCAACCUGUAGAAAAUGUCAUCGCUAUCUCACCAACUCAAUUGGUUUCUUGUGGUGGUCCAAAUUUCAAAGUAUGGGAUUUGACUAGUAACAAGAAGCUAUAUGAACGUGGUAAUUUUAAUAAAACAGUUACUUGUCUGGAUUAUGUAGAAAAUUCAGAAUCACCAAUGCAAUCAGCUUUAAUUGCGUCCUCAUUAGAUGGUCAUGUUAAAGUAUUUGAUCCUUUGGACAAUUUCCGUGUUAAAUUUGGUUGGAAAUACUCUGGUCCUGUAUUAAGUUGUGCAUUAUCCCCAGGUGAUGCUCAAGGAAAUAGACAUAUAGUAGCUGGUUUAUCAUCAGGUCUAUUGGCUAUUAGAACUAAACGUAAAGAAAAACAAUCAAAUAAGCAAUCUACUGUUGCCUCAGUUAAGAGUAAUAAUUUUCAAAGAAUGAUGCGUGGCUCCCAAUAUCAAGGUGAUCAAGAACAUAUUGUGUAUGAUGAUAAAAUGAAACAACAACGUCGCACAAGAGCUUUCGAAAAAUACAUUAACCAAUUUAAAUGGAGUGAAGCAUUAGAUAGUGCAUUUGUUCCUGGUAUGGCUAAGGAACUAACAUUGACCGUUUUACAAGAAUUACGUAAGCGUGGUAAGAUUCGUGUAGCAUUGUAUGGUAGAGAUGAAGCUGCAUUAGAACCACUUUUAAAUUGGUGUUUAAAGGGUAUAGAUGAUGUCAGAUCAGCUCCUGUAGUGGCUGAUUGGAUCGCGGUAGUAUUGGAUCUUUACAGCGAUAUAUUAUUUAAAGCGCCUGUAUUAGAAGAAAUGCUUAUUACCUUGAGAAGUAAGAUCAGACAAGUUGUUUACUAUUCGAAGGAAGCACAGAGAAUAGAAGGAGCUUUUGCUUCUUCUGUUUUAUUAUUAUCUUCAUCACUUAUCGAAUCUGUGAAGUUAUUUUCAUCUUCCUCGUCUAUUUCAUUAUCACCAAGAAAUUCGUUGAGCUGCUUCCUUUUUAGUCUGUAUAUUUCUUUAUGGAUAUCGAUAGUCACCGAUUUAGAUAUGUCACUUUCUUCGGCAAACCUACGUAUAACUCUUCUUCUCUUUAUUUUUUUAUUUAUAUGUUCAUCAAGAGCCUCUUGA